AUGUCAUUUAAGUUUUGUGCAGAAUGUAACAAUAUGCUUUACCCGAAGGAAGACAAGGUGAACCGUCGAUUACUCUACCAAUGUCGAAACUGUUCGUACUCUGAGCUGGCGGAUUCACCUAGAGUGUACAGACACGAAUUGAUCACCAGCAUUGGUGAGACCGCUGGUGUUACCGAUGAUAUUGGAAGUGAUCCUAAGCUACCUAGAAGUGAUAGAAUCUGUCCAAGAUGCCAUAAUAACGAAUGUGUCUUUUUCCAGAGUCAACAAAGAAGAAAGGAUACAUCAAUGGUUUUAUUCUAUGUUUGUUUAGAAUGUAAAAAUGUCUUUAAAAGUGAUGAAUCUUGA